CAACAGCUGUUUACAAUUUAUAUUUGUUUAUAAUCGAAACAAUUAAAUGGAAUCUUUGGUCAACUACCGCUAUAGCUUAGUGGCAGGCGCUUGUGCUGCCGGCGGCAGCUUUUUUGGCAAGCUGCCCAGCCACCUCAGCGCACAGAAGCUGCUGUAUUUUCAAGAUUCAGGCGGAGUAAACUUUUCGGAUUCCUCGUAUCUGGAAUUUGGUUUGCUGCGGCUUCUCCCAUUGGUCCUUAUGGUGAUAUGCAAUGUUUGCAAUCUGCGCUGCUUCCUUAAAGCGCUACAAAUGACGGAGCAGACCCUGACCUGCGUUGUGCUGUGCGCAGCGUCCAACUAUGUGCUAUCUUUUCUUUUAGGCACGCUGGUAUACCAAGAGCCACUAACCGCAUUGUCUGGCGUUGGAAUUGCGCUAAUAUUGGCUGGUCUUUGGUUUCUUUGCGAUGCUGGAGCCGUGGAGAGCAGUAAAAAGGAGCCAGAAAAGGAGUCAUAGUUGCACUUUUGUGUACGACUGGAGUACACAUCACUGAUAAGGAGUCCACCCACGAGGAGGCGUACUACACGCCCAUAUUUACAAUUACAAAAGUUAAGUCCUGCUGGUGCGUGGAUGGCUGAUGGGUCGCUGUUGGUGAUCCAAAGGCCAAUUCCCUGCUCUCCAUCAAACGCCUCACGCUCCAGCAGAAGGCCAAAGUAACCCCCAGUCCGGGCACACAUGACUAUGACGACUCAUGCCAUGAGUAUCAUGGGCUUAAUAAAGCGCCGCCUGGUGGCCUCGUAUAGAAAUAAUAAGUACAAGCAUAGCUAUAAUUUUCUUUUGAGCCUGUAGUGGCGCCACUUUGAUACAUUUUGGAACACAUGUUCUAAAUCGUAUAUACGAUAAAACUCUCAAUGUUUGUCUUAUAGAACCAAUACUAUCAUAUCAUCUUAUCCAACCGGUUCGCACACA